AGUAUAUCACCCAACCAAGAAAACCCCUCUCUCUCCAACUCCCUUCUCCUCCCUUCACCUCCACUCCACUCUCCCUGAUAACACCACCCCACCUUCUUCCCAAUUCCACUCCCUUUUAUAAACCCUCUUCCCAAAAUGCCCCCCGACCUCCAUCACCACCACUCUACCAAGAAACCUCCUCCUCCUCCUCCUCCUCCAGCUCCGGCCAUGAAACCCUUUCUCCGCCGUCCUUUCAAGAAAUUUUACCGUUAUGCCCUUUGGCUCUCUCUCUCCCUCUACCUCUUCUCCUCCUCCUCCUUCUCCCCUUCCUCCAAACCCUCAUCUCCCCCUCUUCGCAUCUUCAUCUACGAUCUCCCCUCCCGUUUCAACACUGAUUGGCUCUAAACCCCAGAUGUCUCUUCCCAUCUCUUCGCCUCCGAAGUCGCUCUCCACACCGCCCUUCUCUCUUCCCCUGUUCGCACCCUCGAUCCUUUCUCCGCCGACUUCUUCUUCGUCCCCGUCUACGUCUCCUGCAACUUCAGCACCAUCAACGGCUUCCCCGCUCUUUCUCACGCUCGCCCUCUUCUCUCCUCCGCCGUCUCCCUCCUCUCCUCCCGCUUCCCCUUCUGGAACCGCUCUCUUGGCCGCGACCAUCUCUUCGUCGCCUCCCACGACUUCGGCGCCUGCUUCCACGCCAUGGAGGAUGUGGCUAUAGCGGAUGGGAUACCAGAGAUAAUGAAGGAAUCGAUACUGCUUCAAACGUUUGGAGUGGUGGGUUCACACGUGUGCCAGGAAGCCGACCACGUGGUGAUACCGCCGUACGUUUCGCCGGCGGCGAUCGAGGAGUUCCCGUCGCCGGAGACGGUGAAGAGGGAUAUUUGGGUCUUUUUCAGAGGCAAGAUGGAGGUUCAUCCUAAGAAUAUAAGUGGGCGUUACUACAGCAAAAAGGUGAGAACGGAGAUUUGGAACCGUUACGGCAACAACAAGCGUUUCUAUUUGAGACGCAAACGGUUUGACGGGUUUCGGACGGAGAUAUCACGGUCCGUUUUUUGUCUUUGUCCGUUAGGGUGGGCCCCGUGGAGCCCACGGUUGGUUGAAUCCGUGGCCCUUGGAUGCGUCCCCGUCAUCAUAGCGGACGGCAUCCGGCUUCCCUUCCCUUCAGCGGUGCCCUGGGCCCACAUCUCGAUCACCGUCCCAGAACGCCACGUGGACCAGCUCGAGUCCAUCCUUGACCACGUGGCAGCCACCAACCUCUCUGACAUCCAGCGUAACCUGUGGGACCCAUCGAUCCGCCGGGCGUUGCUUUUCCACCGUCCGAUGCGAGAUGGGGAUGCCACGUGGCAGGUGCUGAAGGCGUUGGAGGGCAAGAUGCACCGGUCUGGGCGGAGGAGGGCGGUUGGCCAAUUGGGUAGGAACACGUGGCGUUCUUAAUAGUGGGUGCCAGGGUGGAUGGUCUAAUGGUGGGACCCACUGAGGCGGGGAUCUGACGAGAUGCGCUGUCAACAUGUGAUUGGAUUUGGAUUACGGCCGGUGGUGGUGGGUCCCGCUCGUGAACUGGGUUUGAUUGGAUUCUUUUGUUCUUGGUCAGCAGCCAGUAGAUAUAUUAAUAGGACAAAAAUACGGUCUUUGUGUAUAAUAUAUAUAUAUAUAUAUGUAAAUAAUUGAGAUUAAUUCUCAAUAAAAAUAUGAGUUUAAUUUUUUUA